AUGUCUGCGACUCUUCGUCGCCGGGGUGGUCAACCCUCCUUGGCUGUUCCCGUACAGCCUGCCGAGAGCGAGCCAGAUCUGACCCACCAGGCAGACGACAAGCAACAUCCCGUGGAGCUUCAUGCAGAAGUCGUGCAAGAGAAACCAAAGACCCGGAAACGCCGGAAUACCUUCAUCUUCCUCCUAGGCAGUCUGUUCGGCAUUGUCGCCGCGGGCUUCUUUGCGUCGUCGAAUGAUCUUAUAGAUUUCCCCGAGCUUGGUGACUUGAGUAUGGAUAGCUUGUUAGACGUUCUCCCCGCUGGUCUUGUCAAGGACUAUAAGGAUCUCCUGAAAGGCGAGCGGGACAUGUUCGAUGCCUACGAGGCUUUCUCCGUCGGCCUCAAAGCGCAGUCCGAAGGCCUCUCCGCACACCACCCGAUAAUAAUGGUACCCGGCGUCAUUUCUACGGGGCUCGAAUCAUGGGGCACCGCCAACAUAUCGCGAUCGUAUUUCCGCAAGCGCCUAUGGGGAAGCUGGACCAUGAUGACAGCACUGGUCAUGGAUAAGGAGUCGUGGAAGAAUCACAUCAUGCUGGAUAAGAUGACUGGACUCGACCCGCCUUCGAUCAAGCUCCGCGCCGCUCAAGGAUUCGAUGCGACCGACUUCUUUAUUACGGGGUACUGGAUAUGGAACAAGAUUUUCGAGAACCUCGCAUCCAUUGGAUAUGACCCGACGAAUUCUUUUACCGCUGCUUACGAUUGGCGACUGUCCUACCCCAACCUCGAAGUGCGUGAUAAGUAUUUUACCAAGCUAAAGUCUUUCCUCGAGGUUUCCCUUGACAUCUCCGGCACCAAGGCUGUUUUGGUAUCUCACAGUAUGGGGAGUCAAGUUCUCUUCUACUUCUUCCACUGGGUUGCCUCGGAAUACGGUGGGAAAGGAGGCGAUGACUGGGUAGAGAAGCACGUGGAUUCCUGGAUCAACAUUAGCGGAUGUAUGCUCGGCGCGGUGAAGGACAUCCCCGCCAUCCUGUCUGGCGAAAUGCGUGACACUGCACAGCUCAACGCCUUUGCAGUCUACGGGUUAGAAAAGUUCCUCAGUAGGGAGGAGAGAGCUGAGCUAUUCCGCAGAAUGCCUGGCAUCUCUUCAAUGUUACCGAUUGGGGGAGAUGCAGUAUGGGGAGACGCAUCGGGAGCUCCCGACGACCUGCCAGGUCAAAAUUUCACCUACGGAUCGUUCCUGAACUUCCGAACCGAGCCCAACUCGACGCAUUCCUACCGCAACCUAACCGUCGGCGGGGCGAUGGACUAUCUGCUAGCGGCGACCGAGCCAUGGUACCGGGACAUGGUUAAGCGCUCAUAUUCCCAAGGCAUCGCGCACACUAAAGCCGAGGUCGACAGGAACGAGAAAGAUCCCAGGAAGUGGAACAACCCCCUCGAGACGAGACUGCCUCUGGCGCCAAGCCUCAAGAUCUACUGCUUUUAUGGAGUCGGGAAGCCGACGGAGAGGGGAUACUACUACCGGGAACCGGAAAAGGCAGGCCUUUCUCGACUAAAUAUCACAAUCGAUACCGGCUUAACAGCCGACGGCAUUGUCGACCACGGUGUCGUGAUGGGCGAGGGCGAUGGCACGGUUAACCUGUUGAGCACCGGGUACAUGUGCAAUCGCGGGUGGACGAUGAAGCGCUACAAUCCGGCCGGGUCCAAGAUCACCGUAGUCGAGAUGCCUCACGAGCCCGAGAGGUUCAGUCCCAGAGGUGGGCCAAAGACUGCCGACCACGUCGACAUACUGGGCAGCCAGUCCCUCAAUGAGCUCAUCAUCAAGGUUGCUGCCGGGAAGGGAGACACGAUCGGGAACUAUGUCGUCAGCAACAUAAUGGAGUAUGCCGACAAGGUGAAGAUUCGUGACUAA